AUGAACUUGCCAUUCAAAAUUAUUGAAUUCAUUCUUUAUACAAUUCAAUUCAUUUGCUUUGUCAUUUUAAUUGGAAUUCCAAUCGGUAGCAAAACUUGGAAGAAACUUGUGGAUCACAUUCAACACACACAAAAUGUCAUUAUUGUGGAAAGAGGUAAAACAAAACAACAAUCCAAUAAUUCCUCAAUUUCAUCAAACAAAGAAGAAGAACAUUCGAUCCAACAUGAUGCAAAUCUCUCCCAACUCACUAGUCAUUUACAUCAAUCAAGUGUCAGCAUUGUGAGAGGUGAAGAACAGUUGGUGGUUGUGACAACAUCACCUUCCACUUUAACACUUUCAAAUGCUGAAUUGACCAUCUCUUCAACCCACUCUCUAUCACAACCAGCUAAUGAAAUGGAGACUUCUAAACCUACCACUUUUACUACAACUUCAACUCCUACUAUUACAACAAACAAGAUAUCCUCUCAGAAAGAAUCAUCUUCUCCUUAUCAAGCACUCUUGUUGGGUUAUAUUAGAAUUUUAUGUGACUUACGACUUCUUUCCACAUUGUGUUUUCAUUUGAGUGUUUUAUGUUUAAUGAUUAAUUCACUAAUUUUCUUUGCUGUGACAAGUGAUUUUGGAAAUGCAGUUCAUCAAAAUGUUGCUCCUGCAAUUGCAUCAUUGACAUUUAUAUGUUCAGGAUUGAUACCUCUUUCUGGAACCUUUUUAGAAGUAUUGUUAACAAUUUCACAACAGAAUGCGACCAUUUCUAUUCAUGCAAUAAUCAUUGUUGCUAUUGUCAUGGCAAUUACCAUUCUCAUAACCGUUGUCAUUUUAAUUGCAGCAUUUUCAGCUCUAUCUGUUACGGUAACAGUUCGAAUAAUGUCUCUUCCAAUUGGUUUAGUAGCACUUGUAAUUUCAUGGACCAUCAUUUUGUCCUAUUCCUUCAAGAUUUAUUUUAUGAUUCGAAAACAGAGAAAGAUUCAUUUCUUUAAAUUUAAGUUCACACAAUACUUGUUCAUUCUCAUGUUAGGAAUAUUGUACCUCUUGUAUGAAGUUAUUACAGAAUUGUGUUACUUGUUUAGUACAUCUGUCACUCUCGAUACUUUAUUCACACGUCUCUUUAAACAUAGAGUAGCAUGUUACCUAUUGGGAAUUAUGUUGUGGGGAGGAUGUUAUGUCUUAUUUAGUAAGGACAAUAUGAUUGAGUGUUAUGGAUUUAUUUUGAAGCGAUGUUUCAAGAUUAAACUUUCAAAAUCAAAUCGCUCGUAA